AACACAAACUUCCUUUCCCGUCUUCGAUUUCCUUGUUAUUUCGACGCCUUCGUCUGCUGUUCAUCCUUUGUAGUUUUUAUAUGAAUGAAUCCGUGGGCGGUGCUUGGCUUCGAUGAAUUUUGUGCAUACUAGGGUUUCCAGUGAUUUAUCGAUCGUAUCAAUUGCAGCGUUCGCUUCCGUUUCAAGGCGAUGAGUGCCGUGAACAUUACGAACGUUGCGGUCUUGGAUAAUCCGGCGGCGUUUCUCAAUCCCUUUCAGUUCGAGAUCUCUUAUGAAUGCUUGAUUCCUCUCAAAGACGAUUUGGAAUGGAAAUUAAUCUAUGUGGGAUCUGCUGAAGAUGAGAGUUGUGAUCAACUAUUAGAGAGUGUGCUUGUGGGGCCUGUAAAUGUUGGCAAUUAUCGCUUUCUCUUCCAGGCUGAUCCUCCUGAUCCAUCAAAGAUUCCUGAGGAGGACAUCAUUGGGGUCACAGUGCUGCUGUUGAGUUGCUCUUAUAUGGGGCAAGAGUUUAUCAGAGUGGGCUACUAUGUGAACAACGAUUAUGAUGAUGAGCAGCUAAAGGAAGAACCUCCUCAAAAGGUUUUGAUAGAUAGGGUGCAAAGAAAUAUAUUGGCUGGCAAGCCCAGAGUAACGAAGUUCCCCAUCAAUUUCCACCCUGAGACCAAUGAGAAUGGAGGACAGCCACCUCCUUUACCUGAUCACCCUGCUGAAAUCAAUGAGAAUGGGGAACAGCCACCCCCUUCACCAGAUCAGUCUUCCGAUAAACAGAAACCAUGAACCUUCCAACCAAAUAGAACUAUAUGCUGAAUCCUGUCUUCAAUUUUUUGUCAAGGCACAUGGCAUGAAGUCAUAGCCAGCUGAAAUGAAUUAGUAUUGAUGUGCAUAUUCAGAAUUGACCUCAUUUAGAUGACAAUGUAUCACCUUUAUGAUACUUUCAAUGAGGUGUAGAAUGAAAUUGUUUAUUUUGGGAAGCCUAUACGUGGUUCACUAAUUUGAUGUCAUUGGUGUGCUUCCCUGGUUCUGGAGUUUCAGUUAAUGUAGACAACCCAAAAUGAUAAACUGUGAAACAUCUGUUUUUGUUUUA